GCAUCCUAUCCGAUACCUUUACUACUCACACACAGUCCGUGGCCGGAGCAGCAGCAGCGCGUCCACUACUCGCAGUCGUUCGCAGAGUAGGAGCGAGAGAGAGAGAGAGAGAGAGAGUUAAAAAAAAUUCUCUCUUCGCUAUACAUACUAUAUACGCAAACUAUAGAUGUAACGCGCGCGCGGCCGCUCAAUUGAGGCAACGCUGGUAAUAUACCUUGCUGUGUGUGCGAUGUGACUGGCUUUAGGUGUGGCACCGUUUUAUAUACGCGGAGCGCGAAGUGAAGAAGUUUAUAUUAUACACCGGACCAGCAAAAUUGCGAGAAGAAUAACGCGUGGCGUGGCCACCACACAUCACCGCAGAAACUGGCACGCACCAAUUUUUCGACGCCGCGUUUAUAAAUAUACAAAGAAAGAAAAAAGAAAAGUGUCUAUCUUCGGGAGUGAGUGCUGUGUAUCUCUCGCUCUUGCGUAAAAUAAUAUACACGAGAGCCAAAAAAAAAAACGUUACCUCCACACGCGCGUGUGCUAGACGCGCUCGUGAGCUGUGUAUGUGAUAGAAAAAAGGGGCCAUUGCUCGCGGAGCAGAUUUUAUUGAUCAAUCGCCUUUACUACGUAUAUAACGCGCGGCUGGCUGCUACGACUACCAUAACCUGCUGCUCCGAUAAGUGCAGAUAGUUAUGAUAGGCAAUAGUAGUAGUAGUUGUGUGCAUUCUGCGAGGCAUUAGUCAUGGGAGACGUCGCCCCUUCUGCUGCUGCUACUGUCACUGCCGAUGCUGCUACUGUUACGCUUGUUUACGCACGAUUUUGUCACUGAGAUCACUCCAAGACAGUGAAGAAACACAACAGAUUUUGACGAGGUCGACCAAGUGUUGUAGUUUAGGCGAGAGCCCAGCGUGACAAAAAACGAUGCUCCACGCUAAUUCCGUGUGACGCUCUCUUCGUGUGUGUGCGCGUGUUAUAAUACGGUGUAGUGUGCCCGUGCAGAAUUUUUCUCUAAAAUUAGCGGCUGCUGCUGCUGUUCUGGAAAAUCGUCGUCUCUCAAAAGUCAGUGCAGCGCGACUACGAGAUGGCUUCGUUGACGGGUGCAUCGCUGAUGCUACUUGCAUCGGGCCUGCUUUUUUUGGCCACGACCUGUCGGGCUUACGACUACGAUUACUGCGGCUAUCCGUUGCUCGAGAAGGCCAUACUCAAAGCCACGACUUCCGAUACGGAGCGAGGAGCCAAUAAUGCGCGACUCUACGGGCCCAACGUUUGGAUGUCGCAAGUGUCCGAUUUCGGACAAUAUCUCACCAUUGAUCUCAGACAAGUGAUGAAUAUUACUUCCAUUGCGACUCAAGGCAGAGCGCAUUACAAUCAGUUCGUCCAGGAGUACAGUAUUAGCUACGGUACCAAUGGCCUUGACUACUCUGAUUACAAGGAUGUAGAUGGAAAUGUCAAAAUGUUCAAGGGAAACAGAGAUGGGGAUACUGUAAAAAUAAACAAGUUUGAAGUGCCUAUUAUUGCUCAGUGGAUCAGGAUCAAUCCUACUCGCUGGACUGACAGGAUUGCCAUGAGAGUUGAGCUUUACGGAUGCGAAUAUGAUUCUCGCGUCCUCUCUUUCAAUGGUACAUCCUUGGUAAAAUGGGACCUGCUCAGAACUCCUCUGGAAACAGAGAGACAUUCUUUGAGAUUUCGUUUCAAGACCAACAAUGCAGAUGGAGUUCUUAUGUACUCCAGAGGCUCUCAAGGUGAUUUCUUUGCCUUGCAACUUCGUGAUAAUAGAAUGCUACUGAAUAUUGAUCUUGGCUCUGGUGUCAAGACAAGUUUGUCAGUUGGCAGUUUGUUGGAUGAUAAUAUGUGGCAUGAUGUUGUGUUCUCCAGGAAUCGCAAAGACAUUGCUUUCUCUGUCGACAGAGUCUUAAUCAAUGGUCGUGUCCAAGGUGAAUUCCAGAGGCUUGAUUUAAAUAGAGCAUUUUAUAUCGGUGGAGUUCCCAACAAACAAGAAGGUUUAGUGGUCAAUCAGAAUUUCACUGGAUGUAUUGAAAAUUUGUUUUUCAACAGAACAAACAUGAUCAGAGAACUUCAAGAGCUAGAACUCAAUGGUGAAAACUGGCGCUAUCAAACAAUUCACACUACCUACAGUUGCCCCGAACCACCAAUUAUUCCUGUCACUUUUCUCACAUCGGCAUCUUAUGCUAAACUCAAAGGCUACGAAGGUAUGACAUCCUUGAAUAUUUCUCUGUCCUUCAGGACAUACGUAGACCAGGGAAUCAUCAUGUACCACAAGUUCUUCUCUGCUGGACACGUCAAAUUGUUCCUGGAGGAAGGAAAGUUGAAAGUUGAAAUUUCCAAAAGCAACACCGAGCAGUACGGAAUAGGACAGGGAGCCAAAAAGGCCAUUCUCGACAACUUCGACGAGAUGUUCAACGACGGAAAGUGGCACGAAGUCAUUCUCACGCUUGCCAAAAACAGCCUCGUGCUCAACGUUGACGGGCGGCCAAUGAAAACAACGCGUCAGAUGGAGAUCAUCACCGGCGCUCACUACUACAUCGGUGGCAAGAAAGACAGCAACGAGCGCGGCUUCAUCGGCUGCAUGCGAGUCAUUCAGAUCGACGGCAAUUACAAGCUGCCGACCGACUGGAAGGACGACGAGUACUGCUGCAAGUCGUCGAUCGUGUUCGACGCCUGCCAGAUGGUCGAUCGCUGCAAUCCCAAUCCGUGCAAGCAUCUGGGCGUGUGCUCGCAGAACAGCGACGAAUUCUUCUGCGACUGCUCCAACACCGGCUACUCGGGCGCCGUCUGCCACACCUCGCUGAAUCCGCUGUCGUGCGAGGAUCAUCGCAAGGGGCCCAACUCGAGCAAUCAGAAGACCGAGAUCAAGAUCGACGUGGACGGCAGCGGUCCUCUCAAGCCUUUCCCCGUGACCUGCGAGUUCUUCGCCGACGGCCGGGUGACGACGAUCUUGCGCCACAGCAACGAGCACUCGACGCCCGUCGACGGCUUCGAGGAGCCCGGCAGCUUCGUCCAGGACAUACACUACGACGCCGACCUCGAUCAGAUCGAGGCGUUCAUCAACAGGUCGCACGUCUGCCGGCAGCGCAUCAGCUACUCCUGCAAGCACUCGCGGCUCUUCAACACCCCCGUGGUCCAAAGCGAGAACUUCCAGCCCAACUCCUGGUGGGUGAGUCGUAGCAAUCAGAAGAUGGACUACUGGGGCGGUGCUCUGCCGGGCUCGCGCAAGUGCGAGUGCGGCAUUCUGGGCAACUGCGCCCGACCGGAGAAGUGGUGCAACUGCGACAGCGACCUCGAGGGCUGGUUCGAGGACGCCGGCGACAUCACCGAGAAGGAUCAUCUGCCCGUCAAGCAGCUGAGAUUCGGCGACACCGGCACGGCCCUCGACGAGAAGGAGGGCAUGUACACGCUCGGGCCGCUGGUCUGCGAGGGCGACGACUUCUCCACCAACGUGGUGACCUUCCGCAUCGCCGACGCCACGGUCAAUCUGCAGCCCUUCGACAUGGGCCACAGCGGUGACAUCUACUUCGAGUUCAAGACGACCCAGGACAACGCCGUGAUCAUUCACAGUCGCGGCCCUACCGACUACAUCAAGAUCUCCAUCAUCAGCGGCAAUCAGAUACACUUCCAGUACCGAUCGGGCGGCAGCCCGGUGACGGUGAGCGUGCAGACCUCGGCUAAGCUCGCCGACGACAACUGGCACAGCGUCUCCGUGGAGAGGAAUCGCAAGGAGGCCCGAAUCGUCAUCGACGGCGCCUUCAAGAACGAGGUGCGCGAGCCACCGGGCCCGGUGCGCGGGCUGCACCUCACCUCCGACCUGGUCGUGGGCGCCACCACCGAGUACAGGGACGGCUACGUGGGCUGCAUCAGGUCCCUGCUGCUGAACGGCAAGCUGCAGGAUCUACGAGGCGCUGCCAGGCGAGGACUGUACGGCGUGAGCGAGGGCUGCGUGGGUCGCUGCGAGAGCAAUCCCUGCCUCAACAACGGCACCUGCCACGAGCGCUACGACGGCUACUGGUGCGACUGCAGGUGGACGGCCUUCAAGGGACCCAUCUGCGCCGACGAGAUCGGUGUAAAUCUCCGACAAAACUCCAUGAUCAAGUACGACUUCUCGGGCAGUUGGCGCUCGACCAUCACCGAGAAGAUACGAGUCGGCUUCACCACCACCAAUCCCAGAGGCUUCCUGCUUGGCCUGUCGUCCAACAUCUCCGGCGAGUACAUGACUAUCAUGGUGUCGAACAGCGGAUACUUGAGGGUCGUCUUCGACUUCGGCUUCGAGAGGCAAGAAGUCAUCUAUCCUGGCAAGCACUUUGGUCUCGGCCAGUACCACGAUGUGAGAAUCAGUCGUAAGAAUUCCGGCUCGACAUUGGUGAUGCAGGUCGACAAUUACGAGCCCAAGGAAUUCCACUUCAACAUCAAGGCGUCGGCCGACGCCCAAUUCAACAACAUCCAAUACAUGUACAUCGGCAAGAACGAGUCGAUGACCGAGGGUUUCACGGGCUGCGUGUCGAGGGUCGAGUUCGACGACAUCUACCCGCUCAAGCUGCUCUUCCAGGAGAACGGCCCGGGCAACGUUAAAUCGCUGGGCGGCCAACUGACCGAGGACUUCUGCGGCGUAGAACCGAUCACCCAUCCGCCGGGCAUGAUGGAGACGAGGCCACCACCGGAUCUCGACGAGGACAAAGUGCGCGCCGCCUACAACGAGACCGACACCGCCAUACUCGGCAGCGUGCUGGCCAUCAUUCUGCUGAUGCUGGUGAUCAUGGCCGUGCUGAUCGGUCGCUACAUGUCGCGUCACAAGGGAGAGUACCUGACGCAGGAGGACAAGGGCGCGGAGAUCGCCCUGGACCCGGACUCGGCGGUCGUCAACUCGGCGACCGGGCAUCAAGUGCAAAAGCGAAAGGAGUGGUUCAUUUGAUUUUAGGACGAGGGCAAUGCCAAUUUUACCAAUGCGCUCGCGUUAGAUUUCUUUUUAUAAAUGAUUUAUUUACCUUCCGCCUGUUUAUAGAGAAGCCUAUUUUUAUCUAAUAUUGUUUAUCUGCGCAGUUAAAUGCCCAAAAAAAGGAGACAAGGAGAGCUUUCGAGCGGUAUUAUAACUAAUGAAUCUCAAACGUAAAAAACAUAAAAAAACGUAGUCUUCUCGUUAGAUCGUAAUCAAGAGUUAGAUAAUGUUUUUUUGUUUGUUUUUUAACUAUAGAAAUGUAUUAUUUUUAUUUGUAUACAUGUAAUGUAUAAUUUUUAUUAAUUACGCGAAACUUAGAAAAAUAUUGUUUUCUCGAUUGUGUAUGUCAAUAGCGAAUGGAUUUGCGAAGAUCUUCGGGAUCAAGUCUCUCGACGAAAGUCUCUCGUUGCCUGUUUGCUGUAUAAAUAUGAUAUAGAUAUAUUUUUUACUCUGCGACUGCAGUUUUACGUCAAAACGAAAAAAAAAACAAUUCCGUCCUUUGAUAAGACUUUAUUUUACAUCUGAAUGAUUAGAUGAUUGUUUCUCGAGUACUGAGAAAAUCGACGUUAUUCGUUUAUUUUAUUUUUUUUAUUCAAUGUAAUGUAUGAUUUUUUUUUAAUAAAAAAUGAAUUUAUUUAUAAGAAAAAAAUAAACACAACCAAAUUAUUCACGUGCAAAAUGUGAUCGAUUAUUAUCAUUAUUUUGCUUUUUUAACGUAGCACUUUAUUAUGCGUGUUACGCUAAUACGAGAGUGACGAAUUAUGAGGUCUUCUCUCUCUACUGCACCGAGUUUAUAAUUCGGUCAAUUUGCUCAGUACGAGAGUACAUCCGCUUUUUUUCUCAUCUGAGAGUUUCAGAUUGUAAUGAAAGUGAACUUUUGCUUUUUACUGCAUUAAUUUUGCACACUUUUCGUAUAUACCGUCAAGCGAGGCAAUAAAAGCUUUCGAGCACAACAUUCACACACACACACACACACAUACACACUGUACACGUUGUUUGAAACGCGACAGAAAAAAAAAUCAUUCGUUCACGUGCAUACCCAAUUAAACGCAUGAAGUAGUCGACUUUUUACUGUAUUAUAUUUUUCAAUAACGAGAGUAUGUAUAACGGUGGCUAUAUUACGCAAAUAUACAUGCUAACGAACCAAUUGAUUUUCGAUGGAAUAUUUUUAUAUACUCGACUAAAAUUAUUUCUAAUGCUUUUUACAUAUGUAGUUGAUAAAAGUAAACGCGAACCUGUACUAAACCGAUAAAGAUUAAGGAAUUUUUGAUACUAACUCUUAAGGUAAUUGAUAACGAAGUAUUAACCCGAGCAAUAUAUUGUUCGCAAAACAAAUUAUAAUAUUAUAUAAAUAAUGCAUAAUGUGAAACGUAGUACUGCACGUCGCUCAAUCAACUGAAAAGCGACACACCCACCCAAUAUACACCUUCAUAUAAAAUAUAAAAUAAUAUGUUAAUAGAUCUUUUUCACGCGUUUGCAAGUACCAAAGUUGAUUAUAAAUACGACGACAAUGUUAUUUGGUCUUUGUAAUAACGUUUAUAAUAAUGUUAUAUGCUACGAAAAAUGACAG